UAACAAGGCAGAUGCUGCUGAAACUUGUCAAUAGAAUUGCCUUUGCGCUGAAGCUCUGAAACUGCCAAAGUGUAGCUCGCGGCAACUCCUAGAGGCAUUGCGCCUCUCCUCCGGCCAGUAUGGAAGCUGCUUCCGCCCGCUACGCCGCCCGCGACCGCUUCGCAUAUCCCAUGGAGCCCGCCGGGUCUCAGCUGCAGCGAUACGUCCAGCAAGCCUGCUCACCCGAGAACUUCGAGCCCAAUCUGGCCCUGUGCCUCGAGGUCGCCGAUCUGAUCAAUGCAAAGAAGGGAGGAGCUCCGCGAGAAGCUGCCGUCGACAUUGUUAAAUACAUCAAUCACCGCAAUCCCAAUGUCUCCCUCCUGGCAUUGUCGCUGCUGGACAUCUGUGUCAAGAAUUGCGGAUACCCAUUUCACCUUCAGAUAUCUACCAAGGAAUUUCUCAAUGAGCUCGUGCGCCGCUUUCCAGAGCGCCCGCCCAUCCGCACCACACGCGUACAGAACAGGAUCCUGGAGCUGAUUGAGGAAUGGAGGAGGACGAUAUGCGAGACGAGCAAAUAUAAGGAGGAUCUAGGCUUCAUACGGGACAUGCACAGACUGCUGCACUACAAAGGCUACCAAUUCCCGCAGAUCAGUCGCGAGGAUGCUGCGGUGCUCAAUCCAAGCGACAAUCUCAAGAGCGUGGAGGAGAUGGAGGCGGAAGAGCAAGCGGCGCAGAGUGCAAAACUACAGGAGCUGAUCCGGCGAGGAACACCACACGAUCUGCAAGAAGCCAACAAGCUGAUGAAGGUCAUGGCGGGGUACGACACGCGGCACAAGACAGACUACAGGGCCAAAGCAGCGGAGGAGGUGGGCAAGAUCCAGCAAAAGGCUAAGUUGCUGGAAGAGAUGAUGCAGGAUGUCAAGCCUGGGGAGAAAAUUCAAGAAGGAGAUGUGUUCGAGGAGCUGGCGAAUUCCUUGGCUAGCGCACACCCUAAGAUCCAGAAGAUGUGUGAGCAGGAAAGUGAGGAUCAUGAGGCAGUGGCCAAGCUGUUUGAGAUCAACGACUCAAUACACCGGACGAUUGAGCGAUAUAAGCUGAUCAAGAAGGGCGACGUGGAAGCCGCGAAUGCCAUUCCAAAGGGCACUUUGGGCGUCAGUGGCGCUGGUGUGAAGCAAGGCGGUGGAGGCGAGCUGUCUUUGAUUGACUUUGGAGGGCCAGAAGAUACUGCACCGGCCGAGCAGUCCAAAGCAGCCCAGCCAUCUUCUGCACCGGCCGCACCUAAGCAAACAGGCAACGCUCUAGAGGACGAUCUACUUGGACUGAACAUGGGCGAUGGCAACUAUGGCUCAGGCGGAGGCAUCUCUCUUGGUGGAGCACCGAAUGGCAAUGUCGACAUCAUGGCUCAGUUCAACCAGCCGCAAGCAGCCAACUCGAUCUUCAACACUCAACAAAAAGCCGCUCCGCCGCAGGCUUCUCCUCCUCCUACUCAAUCAUCGAAUUUCAACCUCUUCAGCUCUUUCCCAUCCAAUUCCCAGCCACCUUCAAAACCAGCGACACCAAUACCCGCAUCCCUGCAACAACACCAAGCGAAGAAGUCCGAUCCAUUCGCAGCUCUAUCCACACCUCCACGGCAAUCUUCUCCCUUUCAACAGACUCCCGCCAAAGCACCGGCACCCUCAUCAUCAUCAGGUAUUGACCUGUUGGGCAUGGGAAGCAGCAACGGCACGUCAGCACCGGCCGCACCAUCUCAGGACGACGAAUGGGAAUUCGCUUCCGCGCUGCCAGACCAAUCCGCCGAGCUCACAGUCACCAACAGUUCCAUCAAGACCGUCUUCGCCGUGUCCCGUACCAACGACACCGAGAUCCUCAUUCAAAGCCGAAUAUCGAAUUCUACUGCACAGCCUGUCGCGGAUCUGACAUUUCAAUUAGCUGUAACAAAGGGCCUAACGCUCAAGCUGGAGCCCCAAUCUAGUCGCAACCUGGCACCAAACCAGCAGAACGGUAUCACACAGACGAUCCGCUUACAGGGUGCCGAGCGAGGGAAAGGAACGAGCGUCAAGAUGCGAUGGAGAGCAAGCUAUUCUGUUGGUGGGCAGCAGAAGAACGAGCAGGGUGAGAUAAAUGGGCUGGGAGUGUCAUAAGAGAAGUUGAAGAGGACAGAUGGACAGG